AUGAGUGAUCAUGCGUUUCUGAGUAACGGCUGGGGCCUGGGGGUGUUCUCUGCAGAGGGUGGAGGUGUCCUUGGGAGCCCCAGGGUUCAGCCGGUGCUCAGAGCCCAUCCCCACAGGCGACAGCUGGCCAAGCUGGCCCUUAUCUUCAGCCACAUGUACUCAGAGCUGAGCGCACUCUUCCCCCGGGGGAAGUACUGUGGACACACAUACCAGCUCACCCAGACCGAAGCCCACGCCUUCUGGAGAGAGCAUUGCGGAGCCCGGUGUGUGCUGCCCUGGGCUGAGUUUGAGUCUCUCCUGUGCACCUGCCACCCCGUGGAGUCAGGCUGCACAGCCCUCGCCUUGCGCUCCACCAUCGACCUCACCUGCAGUGGCCACGUGUCCGUCUUCGAAUUUGACAUCUUCACCAGGCUCUUCCAGCCAUGGCCAACACUCCUCAAGAACUGGCAGCUUCUGGUGGUCGACCACCCAGGCUACAUGGCUUUCCUCACGUACGAUGAGGUCCGCGCUCGCCUGCAGGCCUGCAGGGACAAGCCAGGCAGCUACAUCUUCCGACCCAGCUGCACUCGCCUGGGGCAGUGGGCCAUCGGCCACGUGAGCUCAGACGGCAGCAUCCUGCAGACCAUCACUCCCAACAAACCCCUGUUCAAGGCGCUCCUGGAAGGACAGAAGGAAGGCUUCUACCUCUACCCAGAUGGGAAGAACCACAACCCAGACCUGACUGAGCUCUGCCACAUGGAACCCCAUCAGCCUACGUUUAAAAUAAGAGUGAGCACUGAGCAGCUGCAGCUGUACUGGGCCAUGAACUCCACCUUCGAGCUCUGUAAGAUCUGUGCUGAGGCCAACAAGGACGUGAGGAUCGAGCCCUGUGGGCACCUGCUGUGUAGCCGCUGUCUGGCCGCCUGGCAGGUGGGUCUCCCCUAUGCCUCAGGGAUCAGAGGGAGGCCAGCGGAAGCCAGGGCCACUGCUGAGGACUCAGGGAGCAGCGAUGGCCAGGAAAACAGCGAGGACGAGCUGGGGCAGGUGGUCCCCUCGGCGCCCCCACUGCCCCCUCGUCUGGACCUGCCCCCUCACCUGGACCGGCCCCCUCGCCCGGAUCUGCCCCCUCGCCUGGAUCUGCCCCCUCGCCCGGAUCUGCCUCCUGAGCAUCCCAGAAGUACAGGCCAGCUGAAGGUGGGGCCUCCGGCCUUCCCCAAACUUCGGGCCCCUCUUAUUUUGCCAAAAAUUAGGACCUCGGCCUCAGCCUCAGCCCCAUGGGACAUCACCUCCAGGCCCCGGGCCAGGGAGGGGGCUGCAAAAAACUCUUAAAGGGAAGGUCACCCCUCCAGCUGUUCCUGUGGGGCCCAUGAUCGCUGCCCAGGCCUGGAGGCCAGGGCACAAGAUCUGCUGCUAAAGGGGCCCCAGUGGCUUCCCAGCUGGAGGGGUUUAUGAAGCGGAAAUAAACUGCUACUGCCCAGC